AUGAAGAGGACAAUGAUGCUCAUAUUGAAGCGCUUGCCUUUCCCUUUUCCAGAACAUCGAAUCAAUGAUUUACCAGAGCCUAGGUAUCUUGCAAGUCAGAAUUUGGUUGUCAAAAUCUAUCCCAAAAUCCAUGAACAAUCAAAUCCUGCAAAAACAUGGUGGAAGCUUUCAAAAGAGAAAUGCCCUUGUCUUAAUUUCUAA